GGCGCGCUCCCGAUCGAUCGGGCACAGUUUCGGGGGCCUUGCCCGCCCCGCAUCUCUUUCCUCCUGGCUCCCACCUAUCGCAGACUGCAGCCCAGGCCCCGCCAUGGGGAAUGUGCCAUCCGCGGUGAAGCACUGCCUCAGCUACCAGCAGCUUCUCCGGGAGCAUCUCUGGAUCGCGGAUUCAGUGGCAGGGGCGCUCGACCCCGCGCAGGAAGCAUCCCAGCUAUCUGGACUCCCUGAGUAUGUUAAAAUAGUAGAAGUUGGACCUAGGGAUGGAUUGCAGAAUGAAAAGGUUAUAGUUCCUACAGAUAUCAAAAUUGAAUUUAUCAAUCAACUUUCCCAAACUGGCUUGUCUGUAAUAGAAGUCACCAGCUUUGUGUCUUCCAGAUGGGUGCCACAGAUGGCUGAUCACACUGAAGUGAUGAAAGGCAUUUGUCAGUAUCCAGGAGUUAGAUAUCCUGUCCUUACUCCUAAUCUUCAGGGUUUUCAUCGUGCUGUUGCUGCUGGGGCCACUGAGAUAGCAGUUUUUGGUGCUGCAUCUGAAUCCUUCAGCAAGAAGAAUAUUAACUGUUCUAUUGACGAAAGUAUGGAGAAGUUUGAGGAGGUCAUUAAGUCUGCAAGGCACCUGAAUAUUCCAGCACGAGGGUAUGUGUCUUGUGCCCUGGGCUGUCCGUAUGAAGGAAGCAUCACACCGCAAAAAGUGACAGAAGUAUCCAAGAGGUUGUAUAGCAUGGGCUGUUACGAGAUCUCCCUGGGAGACACAAUUGGCGUGGGAACUCCAGGAAGCAUGAAGAGAAUGUUGGAAAGUGUCAUAAAGGAAAUCCCACCCAGUGCUCUUGCCGUUCACUGUCAUGACACAUACGGACAAGCCUUAGCCAACAUCCUCACGGCCCUUCAGAUGGGGAUCAACGUGGUGGACUCUGCAGUCUCGGGAUUAGGUGGCUGCCCUUACGCAAAAGGUGCUUCUGGAAAUGUAGCCACCGAGGAUUUGAUAUAUAUGCUUAAUGGCCUGGGGCUCAAUACAGGGGUGAAUCUUUACAAAGUGAUGGAAGCUGGUGACUUUAUUUGCAAAGCUGUCAAUAAAACCACAAACUCUAAAGUAGCGCAAGCCUCCUUCAGUGCUUGACAUGAAUGCAUUUGUGACUUGAGGCUGAGAAGACCAAUUUCAGCUACAGAUAUUCAUCUAAAAAUCAUUACUGUCAACUUGUUCUGAAAUGUGAAGGAAUAGACAAGAGUGGGAGAAGAAAAGAGAGACUUUUCGAAAGAGUAUAACUGGCACAUUUGGAAUUCAACAUAAAGUAAGAGCAGUCAUCAGGUAAAUUGCAAGCUGAAGCUAAAUAAUCAAGUUUGUAGACGUGCCUUUGAACAUGGAGAAAAGUCUACUUUUGGGUUCUUACAGAAAUAACUUCUUAAUGUAGUAUUUGUGAAAAUUAACUUCAGAUUUUGUUAAGUAUCAAAUACUGUGUGAAAUACUUAAUCAAGCUGGCUUAGCACAGUGCACACACUGUCAGUAGUUUACGGGCCUUGCAUAGUAUGCAAAGUGUGUGGCCUCGUUAUCAUGCGUUAUGCCUCUGGAUCUCAACUUCCCAUUUGCCAAGUCAGUUAAAUUAUGAACCAAGCGCCAGAUCUCCAGCCGACCCUACAUAAUUGUUAGCAAUAGAACUUCUACAUUUCAAGUAUGGCUAACAUCUGUUAACUAUUUCAAUGACUUUAUCUUGUUCCAAGAGGCUGUGGUCAAUGGCAAGACGCCAUAUCCUGGAAGCAUAUUACGACCUCCCAUGUUUGUUACAGGCUUCAGUUCACCAUACUUUUUCUUUCAUCGGUUAUAGUAAAAACCAGCAUGGUGUUACUCAACUGUUGAGAAACAGAAGACACAGUAUUCAUCUGGCUGUCUAAAUUGCAGUGAUGAGAAUAGAUUGAUCCAUGUACCAUAAUCCACGUUCGUAAUUUUCAGAUCACUUCCAAAUUGCCUGAGGAGAUGUCAUUGUGAUCUAAGAAUGUGUAUUAAGCCCAUUUUUUAAUUCAUGAAAUAAACUGUUUUCCAUUAA